AUGCAUUUGUCCACACAAGUUAUGAGCUUGGCAGAGACUGUGGUUGUGCAGGUAGCACAGCGUAUGACUAAUGAGGUAGAAAUAGCAAGUCUUGAGAAGGGCAGCACCAUCAGGGUUUCCAGCUCCUUAAGAAAAUUGAAACCAAUCCUGAGAAAUGGGCUAUUGUGCGUUGGAGGGAGGUUACCACUGGCAAAUAUCGCCCUGAGCGAAAGGAAUCCAAUUAUUCUGCCAUAUAAGGGCCACUUGACUGACAUGUUUAUCCAGUAUUAUCAUGAGCAUUCCAACCAUAUGGGCAUAAUGUAUGUUCUGGGUCUAAUGAGGGAGAAAUUUUGGGUGGUUAAGGGCAAUGCAGCGAUGAUGCGCGUGCUAGGGAAAUGCAUCAAGUGUCGCAGGGUACAUGGAAAGGUAAUUGAACAGCAAAUGGCCAAUCUACCACCUGAUCGCGUGGAGUCAGGGAAACCACCUUUCUAUCGCAACGGGGUGGACCUUUUUGGGCCAUUCUUCGUGAAAAGGGGCAGAGCACAGAUAAAGCACUGGGGAGUUAUAUUCACCUGCUUGAACAUGAGGGCCAUACACUUGGAAGUAGCGUCAAAUCUCACAUCAGACUCAUUCAUUAGUGCCUUGAGAAGGAUUUUGGCUCGUCGUGGACAGGUGGGGAUGAUUAGAUGCGACUGCGGCACUAAUUUUGUGGGAUCACGGAAGGUUCUCGACUCCAAUUAUGAGUUCUUGGGAGAAAACAAGGUGCGAAAUGAGUUGCUCCAGUGUGGGGUGGAAUUUGUUUUCAAUCCCCCAGGCACCUCACAUUUUGGAGGAGCAUGGGAACGAUUGAUAGGUACUGUGGGGAGGGUCCUAGAUGUAGUCUUGGGGACUCAGCAAUUGGAUUAUGAGGGAUUGUGUACUCUUUUUUGUGAGGUGGAAGCAACAGUUAAUAGUAGGCCCCUUACCAUUGUCACCUCAGACAGUAGGGACCCAGCUCCACUCACACCAAACAAGCUUUAA